AUGGGGCUCAGGACGAAGACAUGUUUAUUACACGUGGAACACAGCGAGCACGUGGAACACAGGGAGCACGUGGAACACAGGGAGCACGUGGAACACAGGGAGCACGUGGAACACAGCGAGCACGAGGAACACAGGGAGCACGUGGAACACAGCGAGCACGUGGAACACAGCGAGCACGUGGAACAUGGCGAGCACGUGGAACACAGGGAGCACGUGGAACACAGGGAGCACGUGGAACACAGCGAGCACGUGGAACAUGGCGAGCACGUGGAACACAGCGAGCACGUGGAACACAGCGAGCACGUGGAACAUGGCGAGCACGUGGAACACAGGGAGCACGUGGAACACAGGGAGCACGUGGAACACAGGGAGCACGUGGAACACAGGGAGCACGUGGAACAUGGCGAGCACAUGGAACAUGGCGAGCACGUGGAACACAGGGAGCACGUGGAACACAGUGAGCACGUGGAACACAGGGAGCACGUGGAACACAGGGAACACGUGGAACACAGCGAGCACGAGGAACACAGGGAGCACGUGGAACACAGCGAGCACGUGGAACACAGCGAGCACGUGGAACACAGGGAGCACGUGGAACACAGGGAGCACGUGGAACACAGCGAACACGUGGAACACAGGGAGCACGUGGAACACAGGGAGCACGUGGAACACAGGGAGCACGUGGAACACAGCGAGCACGUGGAACACAGCGAACACGUGGAACACAGGGAGCACGUGGAACACACCGAGCACGUGGAACAUGGCGAGCACGUGGAACACAGGGAGCACGUGGAACACAGCGAGCACGUGGAACACAGGGAGCACGUGGAACACAGGGAGCACGUGGAACAUGGCGAGCACGUGGAACACAGCGAGCACGUGGAACACAGCGAGCACGUGGAACAUGGCGAGCACGUGGAACACAGGGAGCACGUGGAACACAGCGAGCACGUGGAACACAGGGAGCACGUGGAACACAGGGAGCACGUGGAACACAGCGAGCACGUGGAACACAGCGAGCACGUGGAACACAGGGAGCACGUGGAACACAGGGAGCACGUGGAACACAGCGAGCACGUGGAACACAGGGAGCACGUGGAACACAGGGAGCACGUGGAACACAGGGAGCACGUGGAACACAGGGAGCACGUGGAACAGGGCGAGCACAUGGAACAUGGCGAGCACGUGGAACACAGGGAGCACGUGGAACACAGCGAGCACGUGGAACACAGGGAGCACGUGGAACACAGGGAACACGUGGAACACAGCGAGCACGAGGAACACAGGGAGCACGUGGAACACAGCGAGCACGUGGAACACAGCGAGCACGUGGAACACAGCGAGCACGUGGAACACAACGAGCACGUGGAACACAGGGAGCACGUGGAACACAGGGAGCACGUGGAACACAGCGAGCACGUGGAACACAGCGAGCACGUGGAACACAGGGAGCACGUGGAACACAGGGGGCACGUGGAACAAAGGGAGCACGUGGAACACAGCGAGCACGUGGAACACAGCGAGCACGUGGAACACAGGGAGCACGUGGAACACAGGGGGCACGUGGAACACAGCGAGCACAUGGAACACAGGGGAUACGUGGAACACAGGGGGCACGUGGAACACAGCGAGCACGUGGAACACAGGGGAUACGUGGAACACAGGGGGCACGUGGAACACAGGGAGCACGUGGAACACGGGAAGCACGUGGAACACAGGGAGCACGUGGAACACGGGAAGCACGUGGAACACAGGGGGCACGUGGAACACGGGAAGCACGUGGAACACAGCGAGCACGUGGAACACAGGGGAUACAUGGAACACAGGGGGCACGUGGAACACAGGAAGAACGUGGAACACAGCGAGCACGUGGAACACAGGGGAUACGUGGAACACAGGGGGCACGUGGAACACGGGAAGCACGUGGAACACAGGGAGCACGUGGAACACAGGGAGCACGUGGAACACAGCGAGCACGUGGAACACAGGGAGCACGUGGAACACAGGGAGCACGUGGAACACAGGGGGCACGUGGAACACAGCGAGCACAUGGAACACAGGGGAUACGUGGAACACAGGGGGCACGUGGAACACAGCGAGCACGUGGAACACAGGGGAUACGUGGAACACAGGGGGCACGUGGAACACGGGAAGCACGUGGAACACAGGGAGCACAUGGAACACGGGAAGCACGUGGAACACAGGGAGCACGUGGAACACGGGAAGCACGUGGAACACAGGGAGCACGUGGAACACAGCGAGCACGUGGAACACGGGAAGCACGUGGAGCACAGGGAGCACGUGGAACACGGGAAGCACGUGGAGCACAGGGAGCACGUGGAACACGGGAAGCAUGUGGAACACAGGGAGCACGUGGAACACGGGAAGCACGUGGAACACAGGGAGCACGUGGAACACAGGGAGCACGUGGAACACAGCGAGCACAGUCAAAUACGGGAACAUUAG